AUGAGCAGAGGCACAUCAAUAAAUAUCGUGUUGCGCUCAUAUGGAAAAUACACAUUUAAAGUUUGCAGACUGAGGACCAAACUCUCCGGUCAGCUUCCAAGCUUGCAUAAGCUGGUAAGCAGCCUGUCAAGGUUUUUGAAUGCUUUCGGCCUCCAAGAAUGUAAAAGUCAGUUGGACCUUACCUUAUACGUUCUCAUUAAACAUGCUCAACUUCCUGCGAUACAGAUGAAGAUCGUUUCAUCUUUUCCUAUGCCAGUGGGUAUCAUCAAUCACGGCGCAAGCACUUUGCUCGCUGACCACCAUCCCAAACGCCACUUUUUCUUCGUAUCUCAUGCCUAUUCCUUCAACGCCAGCGCUAUGCCAUGA